AUGAGCCGGAAAAUUGAUGAACAAACGCCAAUAUUAAUACGAUCAACUCCUAAUGAUUCAGAAGAUGAGCCCAGGUCUUUGGAAGAGUUAGAACAGAUUUAUCAUCGAGAAAAUUUAAAUUUAACUAAAUAUCCAAUUUUAAUUUCGUUAUGGUUAGGCAGUUUUCUAGCUUCAUUAGACAACACAAUUGUGGCUAAUAUUAUGAACAAAGUCGCUGAGGAAUUUCAUGAAUCGGAAAAAAAACAAUGGAUUGCAACAAGUUUUUUAUUAACCAACACUGCGUUUCAGCCUCUAUACGGUAAACUGUCUGAUGUCACUGGUCGGAAAUUUGCCUUGGUCACUGCCCACAUUUUUUUUUUGCUAGGUUGUUUUUUAACCACAUUUUCUAAUGAUGUUUUCCAAUUUUCUUUGUUUAGGGCCGUUUGUGGAUUCGGUGCUGGCGGCAUCAGUGCAAUGAGUAGCAUUAUUGUUAGUGAUAUUUGCACUGCAAAAGAACGAGGUGUUUAUCAGGGAUAUGCUAAUCUAGUUUUUGCUUUGGGUCAAUUUUUAGGUGCUCCUCUAGGUGGCUUUUUAAUAGAUAGUAUUGGAUGGAGAAUUAUUUUUGCUGCCCAAGUUCCUGCAAUCUUGUUAUGUUUACUUUUAGCAGUGAAAAAUAUUAACAUAAAGCUAGCACAUGUUCCUAAACAUAGGUUUACUUGGGAUAAUAUGAGUAGGAUUGAUUUUGGUGGUUCCUUAACACUAGUUUGCACUAUUGGUGGUAUUUUAUUUAUGUGCUCCACCAAUUGGAAUAAACUAUUUUUGGCUAUUUCCACUUUGUUUAGUCUUUCACUUUUCAUUAUUAAUGAAUUAUAUUUGUGCAAAGAACAGAUUUUACCCUUUAAAAAAGUUUGGAGCAAGUUUGGCGUUACAUCUAUUUUAACCCUAUUUAGUUCAUUUAUUGCAUUUGGUGAAAUUUUUAGAACUCCGAUUUUCUUGCAGACUGUUCAAAACUUUUCAACUUCUAAAACCGGUAUUUUUUUGAUUUUCACUUCAAUUUCCUCACCAGUAGCUUCUUUGUUUACCGGCUGGGUAUUAAGAAGAACAAGGCUCAAUUUGGAAUAUUGCUCGUAUUUGCUAUUGUUUUUUUCAUUUAUUAUCCAGAUAUUGGGGUUAUCCCUGGAACUGUUUGUUGUAAAAUAUUUGGAACCAUCUCAUUUUGUCAGUGACGCGGCUACUGGCAGUGGUAUCUCUAUAUUAGGUCAAAAUUAUCUUUUCCCUUCCGGCUCAUUUUUAUGGAAGGUUUUGUUGUGUAUUUCUAACAUGUUGAUAAUGGGUGGAUAUUCUAUGUUAUUGGUUUCUACAUUAGUAAGUAUCGUAUUCACCGUAGAAAAGUCUCAACAGGGUACCUUUACCGGUUUAUUUUAUUUAUGGAGAUCUAUCGGGAAUGUUUUAGGUGCUUCUUUAACUUUAACUGUUUUUGAUCGAUCAUUAUUAGUUGGUUUGUGGAGAUAUUUGAAAGAUCAACCAGAAUUAUUUGACAGUUUGAUACAUGAUUCAUCUAAUAUAAGAAAAUUAUUCAGCGGCCAAAAAUUGUUGGAUAUUUUAAAUAUUUAUAACAAUUCUAUUAUUAUUUCAUAUAUUCCAGCUUAUUCAUUAUGUUUAUUUUCUUUUGUCAUUUCUUUUAUAUUUAUUAGAUAUUUUACAAGGCUUUUGGUUAAACACGAUUCAUGUUAA